ACAGAAGCAAUUUUGAGAUGGGAUAUUAGUCUCAUUGAAUCUCUUCCACAGUGCAUGAAAGUAGUAUUUGACAAGCUUGUAGAGUUGUGUGAAGAAAUAGAGUUGAUGACAAAAGAGAGUGGAAAGUCAAGUUUUGUGGUGCCAUGUUUUAAACAAUCUAUUAUGUCCCUCACAAAAGGCUAUAUGGUUGAAGCAAAAUGGCUGGAUAAGAGUUACAUUCCAACAUAUAAUGAAUAUAAAGUUAAUGGAAUCUUAACCACUGGUAUACCUUUACUUGUAACAUCAUUUAUUGGCCCAGGAGAAUUUGCAACAAAGGAUGCUUUUGAUUGGAUUUUCAGUGAUUCAAAAAUCAUUGAAGCUGCAUCAAUUAUUGGCAGAUUCUUGGAUGACAUAGGCUCACACAAG